UUUAUUUUCAUCUUGCCCUCUUCGCUUCCCCAUUCAACGUUUGGGAUUUGCAUCUAUCUCCUCCUAUCUCUCUUUUCUUCGCGAGAGUCUCUUCAGACUCUGCCCUCUAUUUGAUUCUCUUCAGAUCGGUUUAUGAGCUCGAAGGAGAAACCCACUCUCGGUGGCACGCGGAUUAAGACCCGCAAACGGAAUAUUGCUGCGCCACUGGACCCUGCAGCAUUCUCGGAUGCAGUGGUCCAGAUUUAUUUGGAUAAUGCUGGUGAUCUGGAACUUAUUGCAAAGUGCAUUGAAUCUUCAGACCUUAAUUUCUCAAGAUACGGCGACACCUUUUUUGAGGUUGUAUUCAGGGGCACCCGUACACAACCUGGCACUAUAAAGCUCGAUGAGGGGGAGCGUCAUCCAUACUCUAUAUUUGACUGUGAAUCUAGUCGUGAAGUGAUUUUGCCAUCAGUGAUAUAUAUUCAAAAGCUUUUGAGGAGAAGGCCUUUCCUCAUAAAGAGUCUUGAAAAUGUCAUGCAAAAGUUCUUGCAAUCUCUGGAACUGUUCGAGCAGGAUGAGAGGAAGAAGCUCGCUAUUUUCACUGCACUUGCUUUUUCCCAGAAGUUAUCUGGUCUCCCCCCUGAGACUGUCUUCCAGCCAUUGCUCAAGGAUAACCUCAUUGAAAAAGGGCUAGUUCUCUCAUUCAUCACUGAUUUCUUCAAGGAAUAUCUUGUUGACAAUAGCCUUGAUGACCUCAUUGCAAUUCUGAAGCGGGCUAAGAUUGAGGACAGCCUUAUGGACUUUUUCCCAUCUGCAAAGCGGACACCUGAAGCUCUCUCUGAACAUUUUACCAAGGAAGGGCUUCUAUUAUUGGUAGAGUACAACGAGAAGAAACUUUUUGAGGUGAAGCUUAAGGAAAUGAAAACUGCGAUAACAAACCAGAUAAGUGAAGCAGCUGAUGUAGCUGAAGUCAUAGAAACAGUUAAACAACAUGUGAAAGAUGCUAAAUUUCCAGACAUUGAGGUUGUGCGGAUUCUCUGGGAUGUCCUCAUGGAUGCAGUGCAAUGGUCUGGGAAAAACCAGCAGCAAAAUGCUAAUUCUGCUCUACGUCAGGUGAAAACAUGGGCUGCGCUGCUGAACGCCUUCUGUACCACGGGAAAGCUUGAGCUUGAACUUGUCUACAAAGUUCAGGUCCAGUGCUACGAAGAUGCUAAACUGAUGAAGCUGUUUCCUGAAAUAAUAAGAUCGCUUUAUGAUCAGGAUGUUCUUGCAGAAGAUACCAUUCUUCACUGGUUCCGCAAAGGAACCAACCCUAAGGGCAGGCAAACAUUUGUGAAGUCGUUGGAGCCAUUUGUGAAGUGGCUAGAGGAAGCUGAGGAAGAAGAGUAACUUGGCGGACCUAUCUGUAUGUUAGCUGGUCGUAUUUAUGUUUUAUGGUUAUUGGCUACCUUGAACGCUAGUAUUAUGUUCUGGCUAAAGAGAGCUGUUAAUGUGAGAUUUGAUAUUGGUGGCAGUUGUUCGUAUUGUUUCUGUAUUCGAAGACUCGUUAUAAUCUAAUCGCAUGUUGUUACUUUUUUA